GGAUCUUGGAAGUGGGAAGGAUUAUGCUUUAAAGAGAUUAUUGUCUAAUGAAGAGGAAAAGAACAAAGCUAUCAUUCAAGAAGUCUGCUUCAUGAAAAAACUAUCUGGUCACCCAAACAUUGUCCAGUUCUGUUCUGCUGCCUCAAUUGGAAAAGAAGAAUCAGAUACUGGGCAAGGAGAAUUUCUUCUGCUCACUGAACUUUGUAGAGGGCAGCUGGUGGAAUUUUUAAAGAAAGCAGAAUCUAAAGGCCCCCUCUCAUGUGAUACAGUUUUGAAGAUAUUUUAUCAGACUUGCCGUGCUGUGCAACAGAUGCACAAGCAGAAGCCUCCUAUUAUUCAUAGAGAUUUAAAGAUUGAAAAUAUGCUGAUGAGUAACCAAGGAACAAUUAAAUUGUGUGAUUUUGGUAGUGCAACAAUUGUGGCUCAUUAUCCUGAUUAUAGCUGGUCUGCACAAAGACGGGCAACUGUUGAAGAUGAGGUCACAAGGAACACUACGCCAAUGUACAGAACUCCUGAAAUUAUAGAUUUGUAUUCAAACUUUCCAAUUGAUGAAAAGCAAGAUAUAUGGGCCUUGGGUUGCAUCCUCUACUUGUUGUGCUUUAGGCAACACCCAUUUGAAGAUGCAGCUAAGCUUCGAAUAGUCAAUGGAAAAUACUCCAUCCCACCGAAUGACACAAGAUACACUGUGUUUCAUGAUCUUAUUUAUUCUACUUUGAGAGUGAACCCAGAAGAGAGGCUGUCCAUUACUGAGCUUGUCAAUCAACUGCAGGAGAUUGCAGCUGCUAGAAAUGUAAACCCAAAGUCCCCUAUCACAGAGCUUCUUGAACAAAAUGGGGGCUACGGGAAUAAUGCUCAGCCUAAGACAUCUUCAGCGUUGGUGCCACAGAACUCAAAACCUGCUGGUCAGCUUAACAAUAUAUAUAAUGCAGGGCUGAUCGUGGCAGAAUGUGACCAGUCUUCUGGUGGAUUCUUUGAUAUCCUUCGGGGUGGGACGGAAAGGUUUUUCACGAAUAUCAAGGAUACAUCUUCAAAAGUUAUUCAGUCUGUAGCCAACAGCCCAAGUUAUGCAAAAGGAGAUCUGGAUAUAUCAUACAUUACAUCCAGAAUUGCUGUGAUGUCAUUUCCAGCAGAAGGUGUUGAGUCUGCUAUAAAAAAUAACAUAGAAGAUGUGCGGCUGUUCUUGGACUCAAAACAUCCUGGACGCUAUGCUGUCUACAAUCUGUCUCCGAGGACAUAUCGGCCCUCCAGAUUUCACAAUAGGGUAUCUGAAUGUGGUUGGCCUGCAAGGCGUACACCAAAUCUUCAAAACCUUUAUAGCAUCUGCAAGAACAUGCAUUCAUGGCUGAAGCAAGAUCCAAAGAAUGUUUGCAUUGUGCAUUGCCUUGACGGAAGAGCAGCAUCCGCAGUUGUUGUCUGUUCUUUCUUGUGUUUCUGUCGCCUCUUCACGACUGCUGAAGCUGCUGUUUAUAUGUUUAGUAUGAAACGCUGUCCUCCAGGCAUUUGGCCGUCACAUAAGAGGUAUAUUGAAUAUAUGUGUGACAUGAUGGCUGAUGAGCCCAUUAUUCCUCACAGCAAGCCAAUCCUCAUAAAAUCAAUCGUCAUGACUCCAGUUCCGCUUUUCAGCAAGCAGCGCAACGGCUGCAGGCCUUUCUGUGAAGUUUAUGUCGGAGAUGAAAGAGUAACCACUACCUCACAAGAAUAUGAUAAAAUGAAGGAUUUCAGAAUGGAAGAUGGCAAAGCAGUAAUCCCAUUAGGCAUCACCGUCCAAGGAGAUGUCCUCAUUGUGAUAUACCAUGCCAGGUCCACUUUAGGUGGCAGACUCCAAGCCAAGAUGGCAUCAAUGAAGAUGUUCCAGAUCCAGUUUCAUACAGGAUUUGUACCUCGCAAUGCCACUACUGUGAAAUUUGCAAAGUAUGAUCUGGAUGCCUGUGAUAUUCAAGAGAAGUAUCCUGACUUGUUUCAAGUGAAUCUAGAAGUGGAAGUGGAGCCACGAAAUAGGCCCAGCAUGGAACGAGCUCCCUGGGAUAAUCUGAACAUUAAAGGUCUAAACCCCAAGAUCCUUUUUUCCAGCCGUGAAGAACAGCAAGAGAUUUUAUCAAAAUUUGGUAAGCCUGAACUGCCUAGGCAGCCGGGAUCAACUGCCCAAUAUGAAGCAGAAGCCUCGACAUCAGAAGCAUCUUCUGAAGGUCCACCUGUGGAGCCAGACUCUCCAGAGAGCAGCAGUGCUGAGGCAAAUUUCUUUCAUACACUAGACUGGCAAGAAGGAAAAAAGUCUGAAACUGCUCCUGAAGGUCCCUUUUCUCAAGAGAGUCUUGGGCUUGUUGAGGAAAAGAAGGAGAAUGAGCCUUCCAGUGAGGAAUUUUCUGCAUUCCCCAAUGAUGUUAGACCUUCUGAGGAACGAGAGAUGCACCUCCUGGAACAGAAAGAUGGCAAGCAUUUUUUUGAAGCUGGCUUUGAUAUGCCAGCUGCUCAGUCAGAAGAGACUCCUGAAGAACACAGCAUUGACUUGCUUGGGCUAGAUUCAGAGGCUCCCCCUGAACUGCUCCAGCCUCCAACAGAGAUGAAGAGUUCUUCCAGCAAUGCAGACUUGCUGAAUGGCCUGUUUGUUGGUAGCGCUCCAGAAAUUUCAGAAGACUCAACUGCAGACCUCCUAGGUGGAGGAGCAGAGUUUUUUUUUGGUGGCCAGUCCCAGCCCUCGGCAAAUCCCCAGGGCAAUGGUUCCUCAGCAGCAGCCACCUCUUCUUCUACAGCUGACCAGUUUGACCCAUUCACAGUCAAUGCAGACAGUCCAACUCUUACCGGUCCUGAUCUCUUUGGUGACUUUCUUAGUUCAAAUGCACCAACUGUACCUGCUAUGUUUCCUUCCACACACAGUGCACCGCCUCCUUCCUCUAGCACAGACUUCCUUAAUUUGGAUGCAACUUUCACAACAAGAGGGCCACCAAGCGUCUCCUCGGGCCACUCUUCCAAUCAAGCAAAAUCACAGAAUUUUGACCCUUUUGCUGAUCUUGCAAACUUGAGAAGUGGCCUUCCAGGAGCUCCUAGUGGAGGAUUCUCAGCUGGCAGUUUUGCUUCCAAGUCAGCUCCAAAACCAGCAGGGACUCAGUGGCAGACAAACAAGCCACAAACCACCAGCACUUCAUGGCAACCUUCACCCCAGCCAAAACCUCCGGAACAAGCCAAGUCGGGCACACAACCCAAGCCCAACUACACUGUGAAUUUUAGUGUAAUCGGAGGGCGGGAGGAGAGAGGUAUCCGAGCCCCUGGCUUUGGACAAAAGCCCAAAGUUUCAGAAAAUGAUUUUGAAGAUCUUUUGUCAAAUCAAGGGUUUUCAGCUAAGUCUGACAAAAAAGGACCCAAAACAAUUGCUGAGAUGAGAAAGCAAGAACUAUCUAAAGAUAUGGAUCCUCUAAAAUUAAAGCUGCUAGACUGGAUUGAUGGAAAAGAGAGGAAUAUAAGAGCUUUAUUAUCUACUCUUCACACUGUGCUUUGGGAAGGCGAAACCAAAUGGAAGCCAGUUGGCAUGGCAGACCUGGUUACCCCUGAACAGGUCAAAAAGUACUAUAGAAAAGCAGCGCUUGUCGUUCAUCCAGAUAAGACCACGGGGCAGUCUUAUGAGCAAUAUGCCAAAAUGAUCUUCAUGGAGCUGAACGAUGCGUGGUCAGAAUUUGAAAACCAAGGCUCAAAAUCCCUUUUUUAAGAAAGUCCCUCUUACAAGGGAAUUGAUUUCAAAAUGCAUUGGCAGCGAAACUGAAUCUUGAGUGCUGUAGUGCUCAAACUCCUUAGUUUGAGGAGGGGGCAAAAAAACUUUCCCAGUUCUUGCACACUUUAAAACUAUACACUCAGUGACACAGUGUGUAUUGUAGGAGAUAGAAUGUGAAACUUCACAGAGAUGGCACUCUCAGUCCAUCAGUGCUGGGAAGUUUGUGUUUGGAUAUGGCAAGUUUUGGGCUCUCUUAGAGAAGGUUGAAUGCACCAGUAAUUCUAAUAAUGGCUGCUGGCGUGAGCAAAAUUUGCUAGUGGGAACAUCAUCUGUUUUGAAUCUUGAUUUUUUUUUUUAUUCUCCAUUCGAAAAACACAAAACCUCAAUUUGCAUUUGUUUUCUUCCCCUGUAGUCUUUGUGAUUUUUUUCCUUUUGUUACUUGUUUGCCUUAUUUAAGUGCUUUGGUUACCUUAUAGUCUGUGAGUUUGCUCAACAUCACUUUUUCUUGUUUCUGUUAGAGGUGUACAUUUUUCUUCUGUAUUUUAUGUAAUCCUUUCAGUGAUCAUUCUGUAAAUAAUUAAAACAGUUUUCUGACAACACCUGUGUUCCUUACACUGCAUCAACAAUUGCUUAGCCAAAAGUUUCCAGUUGGAAAAAAAAGUUGGCUUGGGCAAAUCUUGGGUUUGCAGUUCUUCCUUUUUUUUUAAAGCUGUAAACAAGUAAGCGGAGCUUAAGGGCUGUGUGGCCUUGUCUUAUUUAUUAAGAUAUUCUUGGAGGCAAGACUGUUUCUGCUAAGGUGUUCAACUGGAACUAUAGCACUCGUGACUUCCUCCUCUUGGCCCUGCUGUGUGAUAGAUGUGCCAUUUGCAGGCAGGUUGGCGCAUACACAGAUGGAAACAGAAGCACAGUCAGUUACAGCUUUGAUUUGCAUUUGACUAAAUGGGUAAAUGUUGCACCUUUAAUGGCCAUUUUGAAGGAGUGUGCAUGCUUUUGCUAGCCGUGGCUAACUUCUGUUCGCAACUCUGAAAGUCUGCAGAGUCUGGAGGUUUGUAUGUAUGGAUAUGUACCAUUUUGAGACUAUUUUUAAAUUUUAUUUAUAUAU